UCCCGCGUUCCAAGUUAAGCGGAAAUAGAAAUCCUUCUUUUCUCUAUUUAAGCGCGCCAACAAAGGCUGUCCUAUAGGGUCUGUCUGUACUUUAUUCGCGGAAUAACAGACCGUUGUUUAUUGUCCUUUUCCGGCGUCUUUACUGCCUUUCUGAAGAUAUGCCAGAGGAAACGUCCGUCGCGUCGAGCUCUGAGAGUGCAGAGGAGAAGCCAUGCUCAUCGACAGCUGCUGCAGCAGGCAGCUCAGUUGAAGUUCUGGAGGAGGCAAAGAAACUGAUUGGCACAGGGAAAAGGCAUCUGGUGAUGGGGGAUGUUGUUUCUGCUGUCAAUGUUUUCCAGGAGGCCUGUAGCAUGCUGGCUGAAAAAUAUGGGGACACUGCAGAUGAGUGUGGCGAGGCCUUCUUCCUUUGUGGGAAAUCUCUGUUGGAACUUGCUAGGAUGGAGAACAGUGUCCUUGGCAAUGCCCUGGAGGGAGUCCCAGAAGAAUCAGAGGAAGAGGAGCAGCCCAGCAGCUCAAAUGUUGAGAGUCCAGACAACCUUGAUGAAAAAACAAGAGAUGAGCUGCGACAGCAGGUAUAUGAUGCAAUGGCAGAGAAGGAAAAGGCUGAGGAUCCACAUUCUCCUGUGACUGGGGAUGAGAAGAGCUUAACUCAGGAAACUGAGAUGGAUGGAGUUUCUUCUGUGAAAAGUGUGCGGGAAGGAUCACUUGGAAAAGAAACUGAGAUUGAACAGAAGGCUGACAGUUCAGAAGAGCAGACUGGCAAUGGGACUGGGGUGAAACCAGUGAGAGGAUGUGAUGAGGACAAAGAGGAAACGGAGGAUGAUGACGACGACGAUGAUGAUGAUGAUGACGACGAUGAUGAUGGAGAGAAAAAUGGACAAGAUAAGGAAGAAGAGGAAGUUGGGAAUUUGCAGUUGGCAUGGGAAAUGCUAGAAGUAGCUAAAGUCAUCUACAAAAGAAAGGAAAGCACAGAGGAUCAGCUAAUGGCAGCCCAGGCAUAUCUGAAACUUGGAGAAGUCAGUGCUGAAUCAGGUAACUAUCCUCAGGCACUUGAUGACUUCCAGGAGUGUCUUGCCCUGCAGCUGAAAUACUUGCCUCCCCACAUUCGUCUGUUGGCUGAGACCCACUACCAUGUUGCUACUACGCUCUGCUAUAUGGAUCAGUACAGCCAGGCCAUCCAGCACUACAACAGCUCCAUAAAGGUCAUUGAGACCCGUUUGGCCAUGCUGCAGGAGGUGAUCGAUGCAGCCGAAGGCGCAGAUGGAGCAGCAGAGGAGAAAACUGAGCUGGAUGAGCUAAAGCUGCUUUUGCCUGACAUCCGGGAAAAAGUGGAGGAUGCCAAGGAAAGCCAGAAAACAGCCAGUGCUGCCUCACAGGCCAUCCAGCAGACACUAGGUGGUGCAUCAACUUCAUCAGCAUUCCUUUGUGAAAAUGGCAGCACUUCAUCGGCAGCUUUUGCAACAACCAGUCAGGUUCCAGUUAAAACUGAGAGUUCCUCAUCUUCCAAAGCAGUCUCUGACAUCUCUCACCUCGUCAGGAAAAAGAGGAAACCAGAGGACGAGAGCCCAGUAAAGGACACUGAUGCUAAACAAGCGAAACAGGAAGCCACAGUUAAUGGCAGCGGUGACUCUAGUGCCAGCAACGGCAAUGGAGUCCAGGAGGGGAAAUCGCAGGAGUCUGCCACCCAGUCUGCAUCUGUCGAGUCCCCGGCGUGACAGUCUUCACCUCUUUACUGAGCUCAGAAACCAGCACGUCAUGCCUGUCCAGCCCCUAUACACCUUUCAGCACUCUUGUUUCUGUAAAUAAGAUCCAUUUUCAUAGAUUUGUCUGUCAAGUUUUUGUAUACUUGUAGUAAAAAUAAAGAAUCUGCAGAUGUAACUAUGCAA